CCGACUAUGAAUGCGGAAGAGACGAUUUGUUUUCCCCGUUUUUUAAUUAAAGGCAGGGUGGCAUCUAUCUGCUUGUACUGUAUUCGGUACGUCCUCUAGUGGCGUUGUUGCGUCUUUCGUGAUGCAUUAUUGUAAAAUAAUAGCUUUAUCGUGUGUAUCUGGCUAAUUUUUGUAGUUUUAGCUCGUGUUGUUGACUUAAGCAUGAGCAAGUUAUUUGAGAGCUCUAAAUACGUUUAAAGGGAACCGCAGUGAUAUCGACUAGGACUGUUUGAAUAAUAAAAUCAGAAAAUAUAAACGCUAUUUGCAAAUGGAUUUACAGGUUUACCCCUUGCUACAAAUGAUUUUUAAGAAUAAUGAGGCAGUAUAGAUUCAGUGUAAUGGCACUUGGCUGAAAGAGCAUUCGCUUUUACAUCGGUUUCCUUAUACAGUACGUAGUUCCAAGCAUAUUAGUAAUAGUUAACUGCUUAAGUAAAAAUAAUCAAAAUAUAAUUCACGUGCAAAGGUUUUACUUAUGUUAGUGUGUGUGUAUCAGUUUUUGCAAAUUUAUAGCAGGGAAGCCACUAAUGAUUAUGAAUUCAGUCAUUUUUCCUUCAAGUUUUUUUUUUAAUGAUGGACACAAAGGAAAUUAUUCAUUAUACACAACAAAUUGAAAAGCUGCACAGAGAAGGUAACUAUGACAGUGUCUUGUCUCUGCUGAAGACUUUUGAAGGACUUCAAAUUACAGUAGAACAGGUUAAUGAAACUGGCAUUGCCAAAGUCUUAUUCCUACUGCUCAAAUCCUGUCCAGUGGCAUCAGUCAAGAAAAUGACCAAGUGCAUAUUCUCAAAAUGGAAGAAACAGUAUGGCGACUCACACCGCACUGUUGACAAUGACAGUGAUCCGAAUGGAACACUUGGAGAACAACGUUCAAGUGGCCGGGACUUGGACACUCAUGUCAGAGACGGUGCUACUUGUAGUUUGAGAGAAGUGAAGGAUGACUGUGAAUGUCAUCAAGACACAGCAGAUGAGGGACAUGCUAUUUCAAAGAUGAGUGGACACUACCUUGUGUCCAGUCCGGCAUUUGACAAAGUUGAGGAUUAUGACAAGUGUGCUGAUGAUGGAGAGAAAAAUACCUUUACAUUACCGAAGCAGCUUUCAGAAGACUCAUGUGGGAAUUCUUUAAUUUCCUCAGUGACUUCUGUAUGCUAUAAUAAGAACAUCACCCCUCUUAGAUCCAAAUGUUCAGAGCUGAUCUUUCAAGCUCUCUCCCAGAACAAGAUGGCAAUGGAGAAGGAGCAGUCCCCAGCUCGACUCAGAGAUCUGGCCUGUGAAAUUGAGGAGCACAUCUUCUGCCUGCACAGUCAAAAUGGGCAAAAGUAUAAAGCCUGCGUCAGGUGUAAAGUAUUGAACUUACGAAAUCCCAAAAGCUCCGACCUUCUCCGGGAACUGAUUAGCGGAGAACUGAGUGCCGAGGUCUUCACCAGGAUGUCUGUGUUGGAGAUGGCAAGCAAGGAGCUGAAGGAGCUCAGGGCAGGGUACACCAAGUCAGGCAUCAGACAGCACCAGCUGCCCUUGCCAGUGGAGGGCACCCCCACCAACAAGGUCCGCUGCAGGCGUUGUGAAGGAUUCAACUGCAGCGUGACGCUGAUCUCCAGAAAGACUCUGUUCCUUCCAGUAUGGGAGCACAGUGCAAGUCCCGAUGAUGACGCCAUGACAUUUAUGACCUGUAAGGGUUGUGGGGAGCAGUGGUACCACAGUGGCUGGGUUUGUUUGUGAACAGAGGAAAACACCUAAUAGAUUACUGUUGAAAUUGCCAGCCUUAUCAUGAAAAAAUGUGUUUAAAUUUAGUAAUACCUUCUGUUGAUUUUCUAUUCACCUAUAUUCAAACGGUUCUAAAACUGAACGUUUAUUCUGCGAAGUGGUUUGUAUCGUGUAAGAGUAAAGUCUGAAAUUAAAUGUAAAACAGCAUGAUGAAGUCUUGAAACUUAAAUAAAUUCAAUGCUUAAAUUUGUUGAAUAAAGUAUAGCAUGGUGGAGACUA